AUGUAUACUCGUGCGUUUCUUUCUCUGGCCGUCGGCCUUGUUGGCGUGGCUGCCAGUCCUUGCAAGCCGUUGACAUCAGCCUCGAUCGUUACUUCGGCAACUUUGACGUCAAGCGUGGCUGAACCCACUGUAUCUACAUCUGUUGAAUCCGCUGUCACUGAGACGUCAACUUCGGCCGAGUCUUUGGUAACUGUUAGUCUGACUUCAACCACUGCUUUGACCACCACAUCUGCCGAUUCAACCACACUCUUCACAACAGAGACCUCCGCUGCUACAACUGAUUUCUCCUCCACCGAGACUUCAGCCGAUACCACCACCGCCGACGCGACAACCACAACAUCCGACGCCCCAGCCGAAAUCACCACAUUCUCCAUCAUCGCCGGCUCCGGCCCCGCAGCCGACAACAACCUCAGAUCAGACAACAACUUCGGCACCCCCCUAUACUUUGGCUCAAGAGUAACUCUCCCCGCCCAGCACUACAACAUCGACGCCGCCACCGGGCAGAUCAAAGCCGGCACCAAGUCCAUUUGCGCAUGGUUCCACAACAGCGACACGACCAAGGCCUACAUCACCGCAUGUACCAGCGACAAUGAGAAUCCGAACAAGGGCGUAGUCUUCCUGAACUGCCAGGUCCCUACCGAGGGUUCUGCCCUCCAAUGUAGUGUUCCGGUGCUGAGCUGUAUCCAGCAAGGUGGUGGUGAGCAAACUUGCGCUGCAACGACGGAUACUUUGAGUCACUUUAGUAUGGAGGGUGAUGAUAGAAUGGUGUAUAUUGUUGGUGAUGGCUUUACGGGUAUUAACCAGACCCCGGUUGAUCUGGUCAUUGACCAGGCUGCGGUUGCUGCUCCGACAGCUUGA